AUGAAGGUUUCGGCGUUCCUCCCCGCCGUCUGCGGCCUCGGUUUUCUCCUCCUCCUACUCAACGCCGCAGGUGUGGAGUCUCGACAAGUUCAGGGAGGCUAUCACUGGUACACCAUGUUCAUGUUCGGCGAUUCCUUCGUGGACACCGGGAACCUCCCGAAGACGGCGCGCAGGAGCGCCUUGUCGCGUCAAUGGCACUACCCCUACGGCACUUUCAACGGAGGUCGAGGCGGCAAUCCGCUCGGCCGCUUCUCCAAUUACUUGGUUCAGUCCGAUAUCAUUGCGCAAAUGCUGGGCCGCCUCGAAGCCCCGCCGGCGUACAAGCGGACGAUGAAGCACUACUGCGACCAGUCCGGCAUGACCUUCGCCGUCGGCGGCUCGGGCGUGUACCAGGUCCCCGACAACUUGCCGACCCUUGCCAAGCAGAUCUACAACUUCAAGAGGCUGAUCAACGACGGGUCCAUCACGAAAUGGCACCUCGCUGACUCCGUGGCGCUCGUCGCCGUCUCCGGCAACGACUAUGCGCACGCCUCCAACUCCAGCGACGUCAGCAGCAUGAUCGGUUUGAUCAGGAACGUGACGGACGGUAUCGCGGUGAACGUGAAGCGGCUGCAGAAGCUCGGGGUGAAGAAGGUCCUGGUGAACAACCUGCAUCCCGUCGGCUGCACGCCGUGGCUGUCGAGGGCCAACAACUACACCGUCUGCGACGCCCGUGCCAACAUGGCCGCGUCCUUCCACAACACCUACCUGACAGAAAGCCUCAACAAGACCAAGAACGUCCAUAUACUCGACCUCAACACCGCCUUCACCAAAAUCGUAAAUCAUGGCCCCCCUGAAGGCUCAUCGAAGCUGUCGAAGCGAUUCGAGCACAAGCUGACGCCGUGCUGCGAGAGUUUUGAUCCGGAGGGAUACUGCGGGCAGCUGGGCAACAACUCGAAGAAGCUUUACUCCGUCUGCACCAACCCCGAGCAGUACUUCUACUGGGACAGUGUGCACCCGACGCAGGCUGGCUGGGAGGCGGUCAUGAAGCAGCUGCACAAGGCUAUGCUGCACUUCCUAACCCAGAAUCGACAUCACUAG